GUUCUGGUGAUCCCGGCCGGGAGGCUUCCGAGCGCUGGGCAACAUGGCUUCCCCGCCCCACCAGCAGCUGCUGCAGCACCACAGCACCGAGGUGAGUUGUGACUCCAGCGGAGACAGCAACAGCGUGAGGGUCAAAAUCAACCCCAAGCAGCUGUCCUCCAACAGCCACCCGAAACACUGCAAGUACAGCAUCUCCUCCAGCUGUAGCAGCUCCGGGGACUCAGGGGGCGUCCCCCGGAGAAUGGGCGCCGGAGGCCGCCUGCGCAGGAAAAAGAAGCUGCCUCAGCUGUUCGAGAGGGCCUCCAGCCGGUGGUGGGACCCCAAAUUCGACUCCAUGAACCUGGAGGAGGCUUGCAUGGAGCGCUGCUUCCCGCAGACCCAGCGCCGCUUCCGGUAUGCGCUCUUCUACAUUGGCUUCGCCUGCCUUCUCUGGAGCAUCUAUUUUGGGGUCCACAUGAGAUCCAAACUGACUGUCAUGGUAGCCCCUGCUCUGUGCUUCCUCGUGGUGUGUGUGGGCAUUUUUCUGUUUACCUUCACCAAGCUGUACGCCCGGCAUUACGUGUGGACCUCGCUGGUUCUUACCCUCCUGGUGUUCGCCCUGACUCUGGCUUCCCAGUUUCAGGUUUUGACGCCCUUCUCAGGACGAGUUGACAGCUUCAAUCAUACUCGGGCAGCCAGGCCCACAGACACUUGCUUAUCUCAAGUGGGGAGCUUUUCCAUGUGCAUUGAAGUGCUCUUUUUGCUCUACACCGUCAUGCACUUACCUUUGUACUUGAGCUUGAUUUUGGGAGUGGCCUAUUCUGUUCUUUUUGAGACCUUUGGCUAUCAUUUCCAAGACAAAGCCUGCUUCCCCUCACCUGAAGCAGAGGCCCUGCACUGGGAGCUGCUGAGCCGAGCCCUGCUCCACGUCUGCAUUCACGCCAUUGGGAUCCACCUGUUCAUCAUGUCCCAGGUGAGAUCCAGGAGCACCUUCCUCAAGGUGGGCCAGUCAAUUAUGCAUGGAAAGGAUCUGGAAGUGGAAAAAGCCCUGAAAGAGAGGAUGAUUCAUUCUGUGAUGCCAAGAAUCAUAGCUGAUGACUUGAUGAAGCAGGGGGACGAGGAGAGCGAGAAUUCUGUCAAAAGGCAUGCCACCUCCAGCCCCAAGAACAGGAAGAAAAAGUCUUCCAUACAGAAAGCCCCUAUUGCCUUCCGCCCGUUUAAAAUGCAGCAGAUCGAAGAAGUCAGUAUUUUAUUUGCAGAUAUCGUGGGCUUCACCAAGAUGAGUGCCAAUAAGUCCGCCCAUGCCCUGGUGGGGCUCCUCAACGAUCUGUUCGGCCGCUUCGACCGGUUGUGCGAGGAGACCAAGUGUGAGAAAAUCAGCACUCUGGGAGACUGCUACUACUGUGUGGCCGGGUGUCCCGAGCCUCGGGCCGACCAUGCCUACUGCUGCAUCGAAAUGGGCUUGGGCAUGAUAAGGGCUAUCGAGCAGUUCUGCCAAGAGAAGAAAGAGAUGGUGAACAUGCGUGUUGGGGUUCACACGGGGACUGUCUUGUGCGGCAUCUUGGGCAUGAGGAGGUUUAAAUUCGAUGUGUGGUCCAAUGAUGUGAACUUGGCCAAUCUCAUGGAGCAGCUGGGAGUGGCUGGCAAGGUUCACAUUUCCGAGGCCACCGCAAAAUACCUAGAUGACCGGUACGAAAUGGAAGAUGGGAAGGUAACUGAACGCCUCGGCCAGAACGUUGUUGCUGACCAGUUGAAAGGUUUGAAGACAUACCUGAUAGCGGGUCAGAGAGCGAAGGAGUCUCAUUGCAGCUGUUCAGAGGCCUUGCUUUCUGGCUUUGAGGUCAUUGACGGCUCACGGGUGUCCUCAGGCCCUAGGGGACAGGGGACAGCAUCGCCAGGGAGUGUCAGUGACUUGGCGCAGACUGUCAAAACCUUUGAUAACCUUAAGACCUGCCCAUCGUGCAGAAUCAUGUUUGCUCCCAAAUUGGAAGCUGGCGCUGAAGGCGGAGCAGUCCAGAAUGGCUGUCAGGAGGAGCCCAAGAAGAGCACCAAGGCUUCUGGAGGACCCAGUUCCAAAACGCAAAACGGACUGCUGAGCCCUCCCCCGGAGGAGAAGCUCACCAACAGUCAGACCUCCCUGUGCGAGAUCUUACAAGAGAAGGGAAGGUGGGCAGGUGUGAGCUUGGACCAGUCAGCCCUCCUUCCGCUGAGGUUCAAGAACAUCCGGGAGAAAACGGAUGCCCAUUUUGUUGAUGUUAUCAAGGAAGACAGCCUGAUGAAAGAUUAUUUUUUUAAGCCACCCAUUAAUCAGUUCAGCUUGAACUUCCUGGAUCAGGAGCUAGAACAAGCCUACAGGACCAGCUAUCAAGAAGAGGUUAUAAAGAAUUCUCCCGUGAAGACUUUUGCCAGUGCCACCUUCAGCUCCCUCCUGGAUGUGUUUCUGUCGACAACAGUGUUUCUGAUUCUCUCCAUUACCUGCUUCCUGAAGUAUGGGGCUGCCUCCAUGCCACCCCCGCCGGCCGCCCUGGUGGUCUUCGGAGCAGCCCUGCUUCUGGAGGUCCUGUCCCUCGUGGUCUCCGUCAGGAUGGUGUUCUUCCUGGAGGAUGUGAUGGCUUGUACCAAGCGCCUGCUGGAGUGGAUAGCCGGCUGGCUCCCGCGCCAUUUCAUCGGGGCCAUCCUGGUGUCCCUCCCCGCCCUCGCGGUCUAUUCACAUGUCACCUCCGAAUUUGAGACAAACAUACACUCCACCGUGUUCACGGGCUCGGCUGUCCUGAUCACCGUGGUGCACUACUGUAACUUCUGCCAGCUCAGCUCCUGGAUGAGGUCCUCCUUGGCCACAGUCGUCGGGGCCGGGCCCCUGCUGCUGCUCUACGUCUCCCUCUGCCCAGACAGUUCCAUAGUAAUUUCGCACCUGGAUGCAGUACAGAAUUUCAGCUCCGAGAGGAAUCCGUGCAACGCCUCGCUGCCGCACGACAGCAGGAGCCCAGCCAGCCUAAUCGGCCAGGAGGUGAUUCUUGUCUUCUUCCUCCUGCUCUUGUUGGUCUGGUUCCUGAAUCGAGAAUUCGAAGUCAGCUACCGCCUACACUACCACGGGGACGUGGAGGCGGACCUGCACCGCACUAAGAUCCAGAGCAUGAGGGACCAGGCCGACUGGCUGCUGAGAAACAUCAUCCCCUACCACGUGGCCGAGCAGCUGAAGGUCUCCCAGACCUACUCCAAGAACCACGACAACGGAGGAGUCAUCUUUGCCAGCAUCGUCAACUUCAGCGAGUUCUAUGAGGAGAACUACGAGGGCGGCAAGGAGUGCUACCGGGUCCUCAACGAGCUGAUCGGGGACUUCGACGAGCUCCUGAGCAAGCCGGACUACAGCAGCAUCGAGAAGAUCAAGACCAUCGGGGCCACAUACAUGGCCGCGUCUGGGCUGAAUGCCACACAGUGCCGUGACGGCAGCCACCCGCAGGAGCACCUGCAGAUCCUGUUUGAGUUUGCCAAGGAGAUGAUGCGUGUGGUGGACGACUUCAACAAUAACAUGCUCUGGUUCAACUUCAAGCUCAGGGUGGGCUUCAACCAUGGGCCGCUGACGGCAGGCGUCAUUGGCACCACCAAGCUGCUGUACGACAUCUGGGGAGACACGGUCAACAUCGCCAGCAGGAUGGACACCACGGGGGUGGAGUGCCGCAUCCAGGUCAGCGAGGAAAGCUACCGCGUCCUGAGCAAGAUGGGCUACGACUUCGACUACAGAGGGACGGUGAACGUCAAGGGCAAAGGCCAGAUGAAGACCUACCUGUACCCCAAGUGCACGGACAACGGGAUGGUGCCGCAGCACCAGCUCUCCAUCUCCCCUGACAUCCGAGUCCAGGUGGACGGCAGCAUCGGACGCUCCCCCACGGACGAGAUCACCAACCUGGUGCCUUCCGUACAGAACCCGGACCAGGUGUCCCUGGGCUCCGAGAACAACACACAGGCCAGGGACACUCACCCGUCUUCUAAGAAACCCUGGAAGGAGCCCAUCAAAGCCGAAGAAAGGUGUAGGUUCAGCAAAGCCAUAGAGAAAAGCGACUGUGAAGAAGCAGGGGAGGAGGAAGCCAAUGAACUCACCAAGCUCAACGUCUCAAAGAGGGCGUGAUGCGGCCCAGCGCCGCCCGCGGUGCUCUGUCCGUCCAGGUUCCACAGUUCGCGUCCCCGGACGUGGUGUCCUGUGGUCAUUGCAGCCCUAACUUCUGUGUGGAUCACAGUUAU